AACUGUGAAGUGUGAACGCAGAAUAUUUAUUUCUUUUUCUGUACAAAACACUGGAUUUUUCUAUUGUUUAAAUUAAUCUUAUUUUUGGCACAAGUGGUAUCAUACAAGAUAAUUUAUCUAAAAAAUAUUUGUUGUUGUACCAGAAUAUUAAUAUUUGGUCCAUUUAGCUGGUAUAUUGUAUGGAAGUGUUGUCUAUCUAAAUUUAGAUUUGUCAGAGAGCUGAUAGGGGGAAUGUCAGAAACACCCCCUUCAUCCGAAGCACGACAACCGAAAUUGAAGAAAACCCGAAAAGAAUAAUAUUUAACACAUCUUAUUUCUUUCGUUAAAAAUCAAAAUGAAUAUUCGAUGUGCCCGCCCAAGUGACUUGAUGAAUAUGCAACAUUGCAAUCUUUUGUGCUUACCUGAGAACUAUCAAAUGAAAUAUUACUUUUAUCAUGGCUUAUCCUGGCCCCAACUCAGUUAUGUUGCUGAAGAUGAAAAAGGCCACAUUGUGGGAUAUGUUCUUGCCAAAAUGGAAGAAGAUGGUGAGGAUAACAGACAUGGCCACAUUACAUCUUUGGCUGUAAAGAGAUCCCACCGACGUCUUGGCUUAGCACAAAAAUUGAUGAAUCAAGCAUCUCUUGCAAUGGUGGAGUGUUUCCAGGCAAAAUAUGUGUCAUUACAUGUGAGGAAAAGCAAUAGAGCUGCCCUUAAUCUGUACACCAAUUCUCUUGGAUUCAAAAUUCUUGAAAUUGAACCAAAAUAUUAUGCUGAUGGUGAAGAUGCAUACUCCAUGAUGAGAGAUCUCAGUGCUUUUGCAACUGAUACCAAAACGGACACCGAACAAUCUGAAAACUUGGAAAUAAAAUCAGAGUCAGCUGUUGUUUCACAGUGUUAAUAAUGAUUAUUAUAAUAUAUGAAAAGGGAAAAAAA